UCAAAAGAGUUCUAUAAAAGUGCGGAAUGGAUACCCAGUCAUCGGGCACGUUGCAGUCACCAUCAACUUAUUCAGACAGCUCCAAGACUGGCAGCAACAGAUCAGGAGCUCGCGAAACGGCUGAAGAGGAUCUUACGAAGGAUAAUGCCGCGUCACCUAUCGACCUGGAGUGCCACAUCCAAGCGGAACGUAUCACAAAGAUCUUGGACGAAGCAGUGUACAAAACGAAGCUAGCUCUCUGUCUAUCGAACCUUGUACACGAGUAUCGUACACUCAGCUCCAUAUUAACACAUCAGCAUAUGGACGACCUUAUCUUUAUAUUCGAGCAAUAUGACAACCCUCUGUUCUCUACCAGUCUGCUGAAUAUGGCAGCUAUGGACGAUAUUAAGGGGGGGGAUGUAUCAUUAAAAAACCGUCUAAACCCUGAGCUGGGUCACCUGAUGUACAUCAUGAACAGUUAUCCUGCGCUUCGGCCCAAAGUGGAGGAAAUGAUCCAAGAGAAUAAAAAAAGGUAAGUAGGUAAUAAAGCGUCAAAACCAGCUCCUGGGUUGGAAUAUCUGCAAAUGUUGGAACACUUUCGCGAUCUACUAGUGCGGCAGAUGGAGACGAGCGCCGCAGAGGAACUCACUGCCAAGUUCAACACGAGGAAACUGGAGGCGUCCAAUAAAAAGCUCUUAGAGAAGAUACGAGAGUAUACGGAUACUUUAAAACUUGAGAGCCAAAAGUUUGAAGAGACGAUGGCAAUCAAGACGGACAUAAUAUCUAAAUUGGAGAAAGAGCUCGCUUUGUUGAACUACGAGGCAGAUGUCAAACUUAAAAAGAAAAUCUUAGAUUCAGAUCGUCAAAUGGUGUUGGCGACACGCGCCCACAUAGUCAAGAACGAGGUGCUGAUGGAGGAGGAGGUUGAGUCCAGGGAGAUGUAUGAAAAUCUGCUUAGAGCUCAUCUGGUUGAAGAGAAGAACCAACGUGCGCGGAGAUUCAAAGUGGAGACGCAGUUGUUGUCGUGGCUGCAGAAAUAUGACCUGGAGAUGGGAGACAAGCAAGUGGAGCUCGACGAGUUCACGGAGAAAUACGAAAAUGAACUGCAGAAAUGCGAGGAUUUGGAGAUGAAACUGGCCGAGCAGGACAAAGAAUACAUUCCACUAAUGGCAGAAAGAGAGGAAGAAUACCACCAGGAGAUGACGGAGAAGCUCAACAAGUUCAUGUUGGAGCACGCCGCCAGGGUCAUCCAGAUGGCGUGGCGAGACGUGCUCGCCAACAGGGCCGAAAAGAAAAAACUGAGGAAGUUACAAAAGCAAAUGCAGGCCGCCCAGGCCGCAGCGGAGAAGAAAGCAACAAAGAAAUAGAUUUUAUCAUACGUUUAUUCCAGACUACGGUAAAACUAAAGGCUAAAACCCAUUGGAACCUAACGGCCCCAACCCACCUGGCGCCUGAUUAACACCACCUCGCUUCGAGCGGUUAGUUAUCCUUUUUAUAGAGUACUUUGCAUACGCUCAUUACAUUAACUCCGGAGCUUUUCGGCCGCUGGCUGACCACUCGCUGACUCACCGCAUGCAAGCUUGUCUUGCGUUGCCCACAUGUAAAGUACUGAAUCGCGCGCUGUAUAACUCAAGCGCGAAGUCUGCACUGAUAUGUAUGUUCUGGCGACGUUCUAAACACCGCGACCACCCGCAGACCAUUUGACUGCUUGACAUGUGACAUUCAACCGUGGAAACGGAUCGACAAGUUGGUGCCGGUGGGCUCUAAUGGGCUAUGACCUUAAACAACCUUUAUUAAAAAUAACUGCUUCAACAAUAAAUUGAAUGAUUUAACAAAUAAAACAUUUGUAGUUGUUAAUAAACAUUUUAUUUACAUUAAUAUAAUCAAUUUUAACAAUAUGAUGUAUACAAAAGCUGGUUUUAUUUGUAAAAAUGGUUCAUUGUAGUUUAAAUACUUGAUAGAUAUUAUUCGAUAUGCAUUCUAAUUAUUAUAAUAGAUAAUUCAGACUUUUGUCAGCCAAUGGAUGAUACACACUUUAGUACGCAAUAGCAUGCACAGACAAAA